AUGUUUGGGCCGCUUUGGAUCCAGAGUCGGUUUGCCCUCGUGGAUGAUGGAUGCAACCGAGAGGGGUUGCGUGUGCCUGUCAAGCACAGAUUCACCUUGCGAAUUGGCAUUGGGCCUCAUGGCACCUUGUCAACCCGCAUUGCUCGCUUCUGGUUGGGACAAUGGAUUCAUAUUGAGAGCGAGUGGCUAGCCUCGAGCGAGCACAGGUAUACGUAG